CAACAAUGGAGGCGAGCAUGAAGCCCGUGGGUGUAUGACAGCAUGUCAACGGCAAAUCAAGCGCAAAUCCCCCAAAAUCAUAAUGCACGCUUUCUGAACGGACAAUUAACUGUUCCACGUGUGAAAUCGACAAAAUGGCUUCGUGGUCGGAGAAAAUGCUACAACUCCUGCGUCGAAUGAAUAACUUUCAUUUACCAGGUUCUAGUUUAGAGAGCUGUCUACGUUUUGAGGUGGCUGGAGAACAGGUUGGAUGGAUUUACCCAAAAGUAGCAUCAAUUCUUGGUCGUUUUCCUGCUGUCUUCAGACCAUACGGGAGCACUAUAACCUUCAGCUCCGGUCUUGACACUUUUGAGAGCAGAUCAGUGGCUGUGGAUGAGGUCUUGCAGGAGCUGAGGAGAGAGGCAACAUUCACCUGUCUCAUAGGCUGGAGAGAUGAGCAAUAUGCUGUGAUGCCCAGGUAUUGCGACCCUCCGCUGAUGUAUAUGGAGAGAGCAGCUACAAGUCUGUUUGGAGUGAAACGGUACGGCGUCCAUGUCAAUGGCUACACUCGGGAUUCAAGUGGCAACCUUAAUAUGUGGCUGGCACGACGAUCUCUGACCAAACAGACAUAUCCAGGAAGACUUGACAACAUGGCGGCUGGAGGACUGGCAGCAGGCUGUAGUGUAAGGCAUACCAUGGUAAAAGAGUGUGAAGAGGAGGCCUGCAUCCCUCAGGGCCUGGCAGAGCAAGCGCGUCCUGUGGGAACUGUGAGCUACACCUACGAAGAUGACGAAGGAAUAUUUCCUGAGUGUCAGUUUGUCUUUGAUUUAGAGCUGCCUCUCAAUUUUCAGCCUCACAUUGGAGACGGAGAAGUGCAAGCGUUUUACUACUAUCCAAUAGAGAAGGUGAAAGAUCUCUUGGUCAGUGAGGAGUUUAAGCCAAACUGUGCCAUGGUGGUUCUGGACUUCCUCAUCAGACAUGCCAUCAUUGAGCCAGACUCAGAGCACUAUUAUCACGAAUUUGUGGCUGGAUUGCACAGAUCACUGUAAAAACUGACUGACGGUGUUAAGACUUGUGUCAGCCUGCAACAGUUUGGUAUUUUAGUUAUCUACCUCCGCUUUUAAAGGUUAAGUUCACCCAAAAAUGAAAAUUAGGCUGUGUUUUACUCACCCCUGAGGCAUCCUAGG